AUAUUUUAGAAAGGUUUCGAUCCGGCUCCCCUCGGUGCCGGAGCCAUCGACCCAGCGGUACACCAAUCGAAUCUCAAACACAUUUGAUCCGGACAGCGUAGAAUCCCUCGCAGAUUGGAGACGGAAGACCACAACGCAAUGGGACUUUGGCUCAGAACUUGAUCUCUUGGGAGAAAAUGCCAAUAACCAAAGCCGCCCUCGUGGUGGUCGGUAUGAAGAUCGCUUCACCUUUCUGGAUAACUCGUCGGAGGAGGACGUGACUACGAGCGGGAUAGCGAAAGCGGGGGCUACAUAUCCACCACACGAGUCAGACUUCUCAGACGUCGACCUCCCGAACACAGACGGACAUGAGCCACCGAGGGAGAGUGACGAAGCAGCAUUGCCGCCCGAGGUCUACCCGGGCAUGGGCUUGCCGCUAUGGCGCGAAGUCGCUUUCAUCGCCGUCAUCUGCCUGUCCAUGUUCACGACGCAACUCGGCCUGGGGCAAGUACUACUCCUACUCCCCAGCAUCGGGCGCACCUUCGGCAUCUCGAACCCCGGCGACCUGAGCUGGCUCGUGGCCGGCUACAGUCUGACGGUCGGGACCUUCAUCCUCGUCUCGGGGCGGCUGGGCGACAUCUACGGCUACAAGCGCAUGCUGUGCAUCGGGUACGCGUGGUUCGCGGUGUGGACCAUGAUCUCGGGUCUCAGCAUCUACGACACGAAGAACGGCUACGUCAUGUUUGUGUUCGCGCGCGUGCUCUCUGGCAUCGGCCCCGCCAUCACGAUGCCCAACGGCCUCGCCAUCUUCGGCGCCGCCUACCCUGACGGCAUGCGCAAGGCCAUGGCGUUUGCGCUCUUUGGUGCCUGCGCGCCCUCGGGCUCCAUCGUAGGCGCGACGUUCUCCGCGCUGUUCGACCUCGUGUGGUGGCCGUGGACCUUCUUCUCCUUCGCCAUCGUGCUAGUCGUCUUGGCCGUGCUCGUCAUCGUCCUCGUCCCGGUGAUUCCGCGCACCCGCGCCCCGCCGGCCACGUGGAGAGAGUUGCUUCAGGCCGUUGACCUGCUCGGUGGCGUCGUGGGCGUCACGUCGCUUGUCCUCAUCAACUUUGCGUGGAACCAGGCCGUGGUGGUCGGCUGGAGACAGGAUCGCGACUACGUGUAUAUCUGUCUUUUGCUCGGCAUGAUCUUACUCCCGGUCUUUUUCGUCAUCGAGACCAAAGUUGCCGUCGAGCCCCUCAUCCCUUUCUCGGCCCUAUCUAGCGACGUCGGCUUUGUCAUGGCAUGCAUAGCCUGCGGUUGGGGCUGUUUCGGUAUUUGGCUCUUCUAUCUGCUUCAGUUUUAUACGAAUCUACGACACGGCAGUCCCCUUCAGAUCUCGGCAUGGUUCAGCCCCAUUCCAGCAUCAGGCUUCGCCGCUUCUAUCACUACGGGUAUUAUCCUAGGGAAAGUACGGUCAAGUAUUGUUAUGGUCAUGUCCAUGACCUUUUUCCUGGUUGGGGUGAUUCUUAUAGCUGUAGCCCCGGUGGACCAAACCUACUGGGCCCAGACUUUCGUCUGCAGUCUCAUCAUACCGUGGGGUAUGGAUAUGUCAUUCCCGGCCGGGACCAUCAUUAUGUCGGCGUCUCUCCCUAAGAAACAUCAAGGUGUGGCCGCAAGUCUGAUCAACACUGUGGUCAAUUACAGCGUCUCACUUGGCCUUGGCUUCGCCGGCACCGUCGAGUUGCAAGUCGACCACGGCGGGCUCACAGAGCAGGACGACUUACUCAGAGGCUACAGAGGAGCGUUAUACUUGGGAAUUGGACUGGCAGCACUCGGCCUUGCCAUCAGCCUCGUUUUUGCUUUCAAGCAGGGGCGGCGUGAGUCGGAAAGUAAACGGAAGAGAAGAUCGGCAAGCAUAAAGCUGCCAGAUAAGUGAUCUUAAGCCUUAAGGAAUGAGAAUGAGGGAAAGCUAUCUACAUCUUCCUAGCGAAAAGAUAAAAGCACAGCAAACAACUA